ACGCGCAAUAGCGGGAUUAGUUCACGGGACAAUCCGAUCGAGGAUUGCCCUCUUUCGUAUUCACGUUAUGUCUUUCGGCUAAAGUCUUUAAGCACGAUGAUUUUAAUAUAUAAGUAAAAUUUAUGAAAUAAUAAUAUUGAAAUAAUUAACGGUAUAUCUCGUGAAUGUUUUAAUAAAAAUGGAUACCGUCGUAUUCGGAUUCAUACUUUUAACAGUUUUCAUGAGUGUUGGAGGUGCAGCAGGAACGUGUGAACACGUGAAAAAUGAAGAUAUGUUGGAAUAUUCUUGCGUCGGAGGACAUCCUGUGGAUUUGUAUUCGAUACCAACGGAAAUAGAAAAGAUACGUAUCAAUAAAAUGAAAAUUCCGAUUAUAACCGCGGAUAUGUUUUCACGAUUUGGCUCUAAUCUUUGGGUCUUAUCUUGUUCGCACUGUGACAUAUUGGAUAUCGAACCAACUGCUUUUCAAUCCUUAAUAAAUCUUCAACAAUUGAGUUUGGACGAUAAUCAUUUAACCACCGUCAAAGGAUCUUGGUUCAAAGGAUUGGAUUAUCUAACGUAUUUGGAUCUAAAUUACAAUCAAAUAACGACGAUCGAAGACGAGGUGUAUGAAAAUUUGCCGAAUCUCGUGGACUUUCGAUUAUCCGGCAAUCGGUUCGAGUGUUUAAAUAUAAAAGCGAUGGAAAAUUUGAAGGAAUUAAAGAGAAUAUUUCUCAGUGAAAAUAAAGAAUUUAAAUGUCCAAAUGCUAUCAGUAAAUUUCUCGAGGAUCGUGACGUUAAUUUUAGUAAAGAUCCAGAAUGGAAGGAUUUCGAUGAAAUCUCGAUCGAUGAUAGUAAUAAUAAUAAUAAUAACAAUAAUAAUAAUAAUAAUAAUAAUAAUAAUAAUAAUAAUAAUAUGACCGAAGUAAUAGAUCAAACAGAAACUUCUAUCGUUUGGUCAUCAACGCCAGAUUAUUGGAAGAGGAUUUAUUUUCCUUCGAUUGCCGUGACUACCGAAGAUACGAGAUCAUCUGAUCGUACAUCAAUGACCGAAAGCAUACGUUAUCCAUUGUAUGCGCCAAUUAGCGUAACCACGUCCGAUUAUAAUGAUAGAAUAUCUCAAUUCUCAUCGGUCGAUUCUUCUUCAUUCGUCACAACGACUGAUAGACCGGAAGCAUCACGAUAUCAACCAUCAAUCGCUGAUCUUAAUCGUUCUUACAUGACAACGACAACGCAACAACAACCUUUUAGAUAUUCAUCAAUCCAACCUUGGCCGAAAACUAUCAAAAAAGAUGAAAUAACCAUGAACAGUGAAUAUCAUGAACAAUUUGACAAUUACGACGAAGUAAUUGGGACGUCCUCUUUGGCUUCAAGCCCAACUGAUCGAGAAACCUUAUCUUCUAUGUUAGAUCCAAAAAAUAUUUUAUCAACGCAACCACCUGAAGUUUAUUAUACACAGAAUGAGAUACUCAUAGAACCAAAUUAUCCGCUUCCUAAUCCAACCUUUGAUUCGCUUCCUAAUCCAAUCUUUGAUCCGCUUCCUAAUCCAACCCUUGAACCGCAAUUCGAUGAGAAUGAUAUCGAAACUAUUAAAACUGAUGAUGUACGUUAUACUACGAGAUCUUACAUACCACCACCGAUACCACCUCAGAUCGUUCAACCUGCUGCACCUGGCGAUUUUCUUCAAGUUCCUUAUUACGAACCCACUGUUACCAUAAGACGGCCAUUAUCACCGGCGGUGAUACAAAAUUAUGAACAACAACAACAACAACAAGAACAAUCAUCAAUUACAGUGGUAGAAACCACUACGGAUAAACCAUUUCCCGAGUGUCCAAAAAGUUCAUCGCUGUCGAUCGAAUUGUCAACUACCACCCUUUUCUUUCUUAUUUUUCUUUUAAAUAUCAUCGUGCAGAGAAUUUAGCUGAAGGACAUUUAUCGAACUUCGUACGAGAGAGAAAGAGAGAGAGAGAGAAAACAAAACACCCGCAUUUAUGAAAUCACGAUCACUAUCAUUUCGUUGCGUUUUUCUUCUUUGUAUUUUGAUAGAAAAAAAAAAAAAAAAAAAAGAAAAGAAAAAAUCUA